AUGGAAGAAGUCAAGUUGGAAGAGCAGCUGAAGGAGGCUGUGGAAGAAGAUAAGCAAGCAUUGGCAGAUACUGAGGGCUCGCAGCAGAGCAGCCAAAUAUUGGUGGAGGCGGCAAAUAUGUAUAGCAUUCAGGGCUUCUGCAAGGACUCGUUAGAGGUGGCAGAUGUUUUGGAGAAGGAAGUUCAGGAAAACAUCUUACUAAGAAUAUCCAAGGGGAGCCGGCGAGUCCCAGUGCGAGUGGAGGGUGCCAGAGGUAGGGGGCCGAGAAACAAAGUUCCCGGGGCCCCCUCCACAGCCGUGGUCGGGGCUGCGCGUUUGGCUGCCCCCGUCCUCGCGAAGACAGUGGCUUCCAAACUCCUGCGCGCGGUCAUCCUCGGGCCACCCGGCUCGGGCAAGGGCACCGUGUGCCAGAGGAUCGCCCAGAACUUUGGCCUCCAGCAUCUCUCCAGCAACCACUUCUUGGGGGAGAACAUCAAGGCCAACACCGAAGUUGGUGAGACGGCAUAGCAGUAUAUAGAGAGAAGUCUUUUGGUUCCAGACCAUGUGAUCACACGCCUAAUGAUGUCUGAGUUGGAGAAUAGGCGUGGCCAGCACUGGCUCCUUUAUGGUUUUCCUAGGACAUUAGGACAAGCCGAAGCCCUGGACAAAAUCUGUGAAGUGGAUCUAGUGAUCAGUUUGAACAUUCCAUUUGAAACACUUAAAGAUCGUCUCAGCCGCCGUUGAAUUCACCCUCCUAGCGGAAGGGUAUAUAACCUGGACUUCAAUCCACCUCAUGUACAUGGUAUUGAUGAUGUCACUGGUGAGCCAUUAGUCCAGCAGGAGGAUGAUAAACCCGAAGCAGUUGCUGCCAAGCUAAGACAGUACAAAGUCGUGGCAAAGCCAGUCAUUGAAUUAUACAAGAGCCGAGGAGUGCUCCACCAAUUUUCCGGAACGGAGACAAACAAAAUCUGGCCCUACAUUUACACACUUUUCUCGAACAAGAUCACACCUAUUCAGUCCAAAAGAAGCAUAUUGACCCUGCCCAAUGGAAGAACCAGGAAGAUGUGGUCAUUCAUUCAGUUGUGUGUGUAG